AUGAUGGUCGCACGCUAUCUCACCCAACACGACCUAACCGUCUGUCUCCGCGUUUGCCGCGCCUGGAAGGAGUUGUACCACCCACGUCUAUGGGAACACAUCGACAUAUACUGGGAUAAGAACGAGACCCGAAGGAGAGCCAUCUCGCGCGCGCUGAAAACUAACAGUCACCUUAUCCACUCCCUGAAGUUUCGGUCGGAGGUCUACUGUGUUUUGGAGGACUUUCUACCAUUCUGUCCACCCAAGUUCCAGCAAUUGACGUCAGCCGAGUUUGACUGCUCCCUCGAGUUUGUUCUUGACCAAGAUAUUGCACAGUUUAUCGACAUGAGCUCGGCAAAGUGGCAGAGGCUUGUCUUUCGGGAGUCCAUCAGGCCCAAGUUGGGCAUUGAGUUCUCUCGCAAGUCGUUCGAGGCGCUCCUCAAACACGCGGACACACUCGAGAUCUUCCGCCUAGAGACCAGGAACUCGGUCGAGAACACGUACAUCGAUCGGCUUCUUUGCACGGCAUCCAGGCUGAAGGAGCUCUACCUUUCUGGAAACUACGAGACGACUCUUGGAGGCUGGCUGGAUGCCCGCAAGAUCGUAAAAUCGGAAUGGGUCUGCCAGGAUCUGGAAGUCUUUCACUGCCGCAUCGGGAAUAUCCCCAGACCGGAGAUCACUCGUACCAUCUGUCGGAAACCAGCAGUGAAAAGGCAUGUCAAGCGCGGAACAAUGGAAGAGAGUAUCGAUCUUCAACGUCAAGUAUAUGCAAAACUUGCUCGUCUGACGAAGCUACGAGAGCUGCGACUGGGACUGCCGAUGGACACCAAAAGCAAAGACUACUUUCGAGGAAAUAAGGAAUACUGGAGACAAUACGACUGUCUUGCGAUGACUUUGGAGAGCGGUCUGGAUAUUCUGAAAAGUCUGGGGAGCCUGCGGACUGUAGGACUUGAAGACAUGGAGAUCUACAUCGACAACGACAAGGAGCAGACCUGGUUUGCAGAGAAUUGGCCUCACGCGACGAUUGGACAGUCGGACUAUACUACGGACGCCGACAAUGCUCCUGUACACCCUGACGAGUUGGUCUACGGAUCUCUCUCGGACUUUGAAGAUCUUUUUGAUUAG